UUCCUGGCUCCCCUGGCCCAGCCCCUGACCCCACCUGUGAAUGAGGGUGAAGCUGGCCAUACUCACUUCCCAGCACACCAGGAGACUGUGGGUUCUGGACUUGGCAGCCUGGCGCCCCCCAUGGGCUUUCCAGACUGGGACCCCAACACGCAUGCUGCCUACACGGACAGGCCCUACUCUUACCCUGCUUCUGCUGCUGAAGGUUUCCUGACUCCUGACUUCUACUCACACUCGGACCCAGGGCGGCCGUGUUCAUUUCCCCUGGGGAUGGAGGACCCCCUGGAUACUCGACCCUAUGCAGAACCUCCCCUGCCACAGGCAGGAUCCUGGAGAGGUUCUGGACUCCCUUCAGGACCCCCACAGUUGCCUCCUGUGGUCAACGGACCAUCCCUGGACGCUGCCCGUGCUCACAUGCUGGCUUUGGGGCCACAAAAGCUGCUGGCCCAGGAUGAGGAGGGAGACACGCUCCUGCACCUGUUUGCGGCUCGAGGGUUGCGCUGGGCCGCAUACGCCGCAGCUGAGAUGCUCCAAGCGUACAGACAUCUGGACAUUCGUGAGCAUAAGGGCAAGACCCCUCUUCUGGUGGCUGCUGCUGCCAACCAGCCCCUGAUUGUGGAGGAUCUACUGAACCUGGGAGCGGAACCCAACGCCACUGACCAUCAAGGGCGCUCUGUCUUACACGUGGCCGCUACAUAUGGGCUCCCAAGAGUUCUCUCGGCUGUGAUUAACUCAGGGGUUCGAGUUGACAUCGAAGCCAGAGACUUCGAGGGCCUCACCCCUCUCCACACAGCCAUCCUGGCCCUCAACGUUGCUAUGCACCCCCCCGACCUAUAUCCCCCAGUACUGAGUACCCAGGCCCAAGACAGGCUGGCUUGCGUCAAGAUGUUGCUGCACAUGGGUGCUGAUCAUACCAGCCAGGAGAUCAAGAGCAACAAGACAGUUCUGCACUUGGCUGUGCAGGCUGCCAACCCGACCCUGGUUCAGCUGCUGCUGGCGCUGCCACGGGGAGACCUGCGGGCCUUUGUCAACAUGAAGGCCCAUGGGAACACAGCCCUCCACAUGGCGGCCGCCCUGCCCCCUGGGCCGGCCCAGGAGGCCAUUGUGCGGCGCCUGCUGGCAGCUGGGGCGGAUCCAACAUUGCGCAACCUGGAGAACGAGCAGCCUGUCCACCUGCUACGGCCCGGGCUGGGCCCUGAGGGGCUCCGGCAGCUACUGAAGAGGAGCCGUGUGGCACCCCCAGGCCUGUCCUCUUAGGACUCAAACCCAGAACCUGGACUGAUUUUCCAGUCCCCACCGUCCUGUGGGACAGCCAGCGUAUGCUAAUGUUGCAAAUCCGUGAUAAUGUAUGUGCAUAAUGUCCUGCCAUUGGGGUCUUACAUUAAAACCCCAAAAUGGCUGUUGGUGGGUAAACAGUCCCCAAUAUUUGGGGUGGUGUGAUACCCUUCCUCCACCCACAAGGAGCCCCCUUGAUGAUUUCUGUGAAAUCGAGGCCCCUUGAUUGUUUCUGUGAAACACACUGGACCCCCAACCCUUUCCCCACCAGGAUCUUUUGGGGUCCAGAUGUAACUCCCCUAUAUGGUACUUGGGGUACGCCAAAAGAGCUUCCAGUACCAUCCUAGUAGAGCUCCUAAGAUGACCCCUGACCUCCCCAGGACCCACCCCCUUCAGGUCCUUAACCCUGAGACAUAGGAAGGACUCUCGAUCAUAGUCCCCUAGGUCCUACUGCUUUAAGUCAGAACACAACCAGGCCCCUGACCCAGACCUCAGUAUUUCUAGUGAAUCCCUCCCCUAUCUGAAACUCUUGAUUAAACUCAGUUUGGGCUA